AUGGAUGAUUUUGCCGCUCCAGAGUGUUACAAUUUUUAUUCCUUUAUAAAUACAAGUAUACUCUUCAUAGUGAGUUCUACGGUAAUCAGGAAAGUAAAACUCAGUGAAAGUGACAACUGGUUCAGCGUAUCAAAGACAGUAAAAAUGAAACUCUACUUGGCAUUAUUUUUGGCGCUGUUCUGCUUUGCAUGCACCACUCUCAGCUCACCAAUGCGUGGCCGAAAUAGUUGGCAUGCCAUGCCUUAUGCUUUUCCUCCAGCCAAUGUACGAAGUUUCGAAUUACCAAGUAGGGAAAAGAAAUUUCAUGUAGCUGAUGUUUGGGAAGACGUAAACUUUGAGGGAAGUUUCGGAAAAUAA